AUACUAUGACAAUCCGUUUCUUUACUCUUAACUGUCGCUAUGACAGCUUUGCUAUAAAAACAUUUUUUUAUAAAAUGAAAAAUAUUCAAAAAUAUUAGUAAAUAAAUAACAAAAAUAUCAUAAAUAGAAACAGUUAUGCCCAAAAAAACACCAUGUAAAUGCCCACCGAGGGUACAGAAAGUAUGUAAACAAGGCAAGGACACAAGCUGCAGAGAUGUCGCCGAUAUCAUCCAGGCUCUCACCUGCGAAGCUGAAUCGGUUAGCAACGAAAAACCAAAGUUAAAAGUACCAAAGUUCAAAACCAAAAAAUUUAAAUCAAUAUGUAGGGAACCCUUCGUGCCCAUGGCUCCGCCCAUGGAAAUUAGAUUAAGAUACAUUAGCCAUUGUCCAUUGCAAGCUCCAGGAAGGGAAGGAAAGCAAAAGCCAUACAGUCGAUUUAAUUUCGACUCGACUUCCGAAGACGAAUGCAGCGGAAUCUUGAGAACUGGGAGGAAGAGAGAAAAGUACAAGAAGAAAGUGCGGUACUUCGACCUCUUGCCUGGUGACAUCAUGUUGCCCAAACCAGUGCCUGUUAUAAAGCAUACAGCUUCGGAUAAAUCUAUUUUUAAUGUUGCCAGUCCUAAAAUGAGCGGCGAAAAUGUCCAAGUGCAACGUGCUUCCGUGAAGCCCGGGGAGAUGAAGCCGCCACUCCCACCGAAAUCUGGACACGAAUUAUACAAACCUCACAGCGGCAUUAUAAUCAAUAAAGAUAAGGAAUUCGCUCCCGACGCCGUGCCUGGUGGACUUACCAAAGUGCCAGGCAAGGAAAAGAAGAAAAAGCCGUGUCACAAAGGAGGGGUAUGCAACAGGAAAACUUGCACCAGAAAGAAAUGUAGAAAAUAUGCAGCUGCUAUGAAAAAACGCCAAGGAUCCCGAAAGUCAAGAAGCCAAUCAGACGUGCCGUACCCGCAAGGCACGACGGACGGCAAGCCGCGCGCGCGCGGACAGCGGCGGCGCCGCGCGCCCGAAGAGGACGACACCUGCGGCCUCGACGACAUCCCCAACCCCGAACACGCUCAAAUACCGCUGAAUCUGAAGAAAGGAAUGUUCGAGACGCAUUCUCUGACCGUGCUGCCGUGCAAUAAGGAGAAGAGAGGCGAACUCCACUACGGAAUACUCACUGGCUCAUUCAACAUGUACGACAACAAGUUCGGUGGCAGGUCCAGAGGCAGACAAGCGUUGACGAUGAGCGUGAUGGCAUACUGCCUGGCCUUCCACUACCACCCCAAGCAGUGGACCAUGAAAUUGGUGGACAACUUGGUGGACGCUGGCGACCAAUGGUACAUGCAAUGUUUGGAGAAGGUGCACGACCACUCCGCUGUGCAAGGAAUCUGCGAAGUUUUGCCUUUCGGGAAGAAACAGACACUUGUGCUGAACGGGAAGAGAAUGCAGGUCCUCCUCGGGGAGCCCGACAUUGUCGGCUACACCAUGUCGCUGGACCCCACCAUCUACAACCUGUGCCGGGGGCUGAAAGCCUUCUUUAAAGAUAACCGCGCCGGCAUCUUCAUGUCUAGAGUGUUGAAACUAGUGAUUUGGAAAGACAAAAUAUGCUACUAUAUUUUCGACCCAGCGGGCAGGGACUCGAGGGCAUAUUCCAACUACGCGAAGGGAUGCGCCGCUCUUAUCAACGUCAAGGACUUAGAAGCCGUGUCUGAAGUCGUGUUAGCCCGAAGUGUAGUCGAAGACCAAAAAUUCGUCCUUGCGCCAGUAAAAGUACUCAAAAUGGUCGAUGAAAAAUGCGACGACGAUUUAGAAUCAGAAAGAGAAUUCACACAAGCUGAAAAAGCUAUGAUGGGAUACCGAAUUUUGAACGAAAAUUGUGCCAUAGUCAAUGCCAAUAUGCAUUUAGGUGACAGAUGUUUCGAAGAAGCGAAAUUCAGACAAGCUUUGCCUAUAUCCGUGGUUGCGAUGACUUACGCUAAAAUCUCACCCCCGAACACGUGGUAUUCUAAGACGUUAGACAAAAUAUUACGCUUAGGAAACAAACUGUUUGUGGACUGCAUGCACCCUAAAGUAAUGAUCGAUAUUUCCAUAGACAACAUACCUAAUGAGAUAAUCGUCGGACCGUACGCGUGCGAAAUCAUAAUAUAUCGAGAGAGAGUCAAAGGGCAGCUUUUUACUACGAAAGAAUGUUUGUUGAAUAUCAAGACGGGAUUGGAGGAAUUUUUUAGUCACGAGUACAAUAGUGGUAUAUUGGAUUUCAAUAACUAUACUCUGGCCGUAUGGAGACAGAAAGAUAUGUAUUAUUUGUUCGACCCGUACCCGCGGACGAACGAUGGGAUGCGAUCGUUCAAAGUCGGUAAAGCGUGUUGCUUCAUGCUUCUGAAUCCAGAGACUAUGGCUGAAGUGUUCACUAAGAACUGGGACUACUUGCCAGCGACCACACAGUUCUAUAUUCACGCGUUCAAAGUACUCAAAUUGAAGAAGAGACAGCCGAAGAUGCAAAUAGUAUGCACUCUAAGCGACGAGCAGCUGCCGGGCGCUAAGAAGAAGGCCAACCGCGAAGUGUUGCCAGUGUACCAGGCGCAGGGCGACGGGAAGGCCAUCAUGCAGGAUGUGUUGCCAGUCGAGAGGCCCGGCGGGGAAAAGCCAUUGGAUGAAGAGCAGAUGGGUGACAUAAUAUCUUUAGUGGACAGUAUUCAAGAGGACUACCUGCCGCCGAUACCGUUGCGUUACAAGAAAAUGGGCCCGGAACCGCUCGAAGAGAGGAUUGUGAACCUGGACUCGCCGACGGUGUCGGUGACGCAGGUGGUCCCGCCGUGGCCGAAGCCCCGCGACAAGUCUAACGAGAUGCCCGAGCCCGACCCCGACCGCGAGCCCACGCCGCCGCCCACGCCGCCCCCCGCACCCCCACCGGAGGGAGGUGAAGAAGCGGAGGAGGAAGAAGAAGAGGAGGACGAAGAGACGAUCAAACGCAAGAAGGAGGAGGAGGCGGCCCGCAAGGCGGAGGAGGAGGAGGCGCGACGCAAGGCGGAGGAGCUCCCGCCCGAGAUGCCGCCGCCGCCGCCCACGCCGCAGUCCGAGGUCGAAGUGCCGCUGGCGCCCAUGCAAGAUGUCCCCGCAGAAGAGGAAGUCCAGACGGCAGCCGCGACCAACGUCGACCGCCGCAUCCUUCUCACUGAGGACGCCCGCUACAGGUUCAAACUGCGACAACUGCGAAACAAGAUGACCCCUCCACUCAACGAGGCCCUCAUCGAAGGCACCCCCUCAGAGGAACUCCUCAAACCCAGCAACUUCAAAGACUUGCCCGAUACCUCACAAAUGGUUCGAGGCUCUGCGGCUAUAUCUGAAGCGAACGCUGUCGAUCAACUACCGUUCGCAUCGAUUAUGGCGAUCGUGACGUCAUAUAAAUACAGCAUUAACACAUGGACCCCGGCGAUAGUCAGCUUCGUCGUGGACACCGCUCAGAAGUUGUAUGCCAAUAAAAAAGACAAAUUCCAACUGGCCCCGUUGCAUAUUAUACCGAAAAUUGCUAUCGGACAUCAGGCAUACCACGCCAACAUCGACGUGGUAGGCGAAGGCGUCUCCUGGCAAAUGGAAGAGAUUCUCGCGAAUAAAUUCCUGACGAAGUACGACCGCGGCAUGAUCACCACCUCCAACUAUAGUUGUGCGUUCUUCAAGCGAGCCGGGCUUUAUUAUCUGUUCGAUGGCAGCAGCUGUAACGCCAUGGGCAUUAGAGACGGGAAGGACAAGGGCAAGGCCUGCUUCCUGAGGUUCAAGACCUUGCAUGAUCUUGUUAGCAGAGUAUUGUUCAACAAGGACGGAAAAAAUGAAGAUCAACAAUUCAUUCUAAGUAGAAUUUUAGUACGGAGACUUAUGAGUGAGCCGCGGAUGAAGUUGCCGGAGGACUACGACUACCAGACAAUGAAAACUAAAAAUAAAAAAUCCAAAUCGUCCCUGGCUCCGUCAUCGAACGACAAGAAGACCACGUCGUUGGAAGUGUCGGACGUCAAGAGCCAGCCGGCCCUGGGCUACCAGCUGGUGGACGGCGUCUACCGCGUGGAAGGUACCACCGCACUCAAAGACAGGAAGAAGACUACCGACGUCAAAUCCUGCCAUUUCGUCAGUUUGAUAGCGAUGCUGAUGGCGGCCAUGCAUCCCAUCCGCACCUGGGAUCAGCUCAUGGUGGACACUUGCAUAGAAAAAGGGCUAGAGAUACACGAAAAGGCGACCAACUUGAGUGUUUGUGAAAAGAGAGUAAUAAAAAAUGUGCUAUUGGAUGGAAAAUUUAUCAACAUAAAUAUAAAGAAAAUUAUCGUCGUCAAUGAGAACCCCGAGAAGAGGCUCGAGCAGUAUUUGAAAGCUGUAAUGAGGAGACUGCGGUACGUUAUAAUAAGAUAUCCUCAGUGCAGUAUGGUGAUCUGUCAAACAGGCGGAUAUUUCCAUUUGUUCGACCCCUACCCCCCGCCCUCCGAGGACCCCGAUCCCAAAGCCGAGGAAUCCAAAGCGGCAGCAAAGUCCGAUGCGAAGGCUAAGGAAGACGAAGGGAAAAAGGGAAAUCCAGUCGCCAGUUGGACUCUGUAUCGUUCCAUGGACGCUCUGAUGCGUCGCAUAAAAAAGGUCGUCAGUUGCAAAGAAAUGGACAACCCGGAGUUCUACACGUUCGAGCUGACGUCGGUGAAGAACGCGCCGCGGCACGCUGCCAUGAAUUACAAGUUGAGCCCGCUGUUCCGGCCCGAUGAGAACCCCAACCUGCCCUACCUCAAACGCCGCAAGGUGCGUCCCGCCGUCGACGAGAAGAUGUACUGGCUCAACAUCGAGGUCAUACCCUGGUCCCGAAUGAGCCCCGUCAACGAUCUGGGCUUCGAGCGGGGGACUCCGAGGACUAAGUGGAAGGACUGGGAUAUCGAAUUCCCUGGCGAUUUGUACUCCCUCUGGGGAACCAUCCAUCCGUUAGACACUAGAUUUAGUGAGAAAAAUAGAGGACAACAAUACUUGGCCACCAGUGUCGUCGCACUAAUGAUGACUGAAGCGUGCAACUUCAGCGCAUGGACCGGUAGUUUCCUCGACGGAAUCGUUAAAGGCGGAGAUAUGUAUCACACUAAGUGCCUACAGAAAAUAGGCGGUAAUAAAAACCAUGAGAUCUCCUUGACCGAUUUGAGUCCCAAAUUCGACGAUAUGUUCCCAUACAGUUUUUCGGUUAGGUUUGAUAAAGUUAUAUUCGGGUUCGUUUAUAACAUGUUUCCGGAUCGUUUUAAUUUGAGUAAGGCGUUGUCUUACUUUUUUGAGAAGAAUAAACUGGGGAUUUUGACCAGUCCGAGCAAAAACUUGGCUUUCGGUAAGAGUAAAGGGUCGUAUUUCAUGUACGACUGCCAGAGUUUCGGCGCCCCGGUGUUCAGCCCGGGCCAGGGCGCCUCCUACAUGCUCAAGUGCGAGAGCCUCAACAGACUCGUGUACUGCAUGACCAUGACCCUCAACUUCAGAAGACAUGGCCAACAAUUCCACUUGUAUAGCGCAUCUGUAUCAUUGAGUGAAAGAAGCAAAUGAUAACGUGAGUCUGUAACGCAAUUAUCAGUGACAAAUAAAACUUUUUUUU